GGAGGUAAAGGAGGAGGAGGAAGAGGAAGAAGAAAAGAAGAAGAAGAAGAGGAGGAGGAGGAGGAGGAGGAACUUCAGGACGGGUGCCAGUCCUGAGCAGGAGCCAACACCCCUCACCCAGCCCACAUACAGUGGCUUCGGGCACUAUGUGGCUGAACUCCCUCUUGGCCGCCCUGCUGCUGGCAGGUCCAGGAACCUUCUGUGCCCGGAGUGGUCGGAGUCGCCGGGAGUUGGCACCGGGUUUACACUCUAGGGGCAUCCGGGAUGCAGGUGGUUCCUACUGCCAGGCACGAGACCUCUGCUGCACAGGUCGGGAGGAUGACUGCACCUUGCCCUAUCUGGGCACCCUCUGCUACUGUGACCUGUUCUGCAACCGGACGGUCUCUGACUGUUGCCCUGACUUUUGGGACUUCUGCCUGGGCAUUCCACCCCCCUUCCCUGUUAUCCAAGGGUGUAUGUAUCAGGGACGAGUAUACCCAACCCUUGGGACCUACCAAGACAAUUGUAACCGAUGCACCUGCAAGGAGGACGGGGCAUGGGAGUGUGACCAGGAGCCCUGCCUGGUGAACCCGGACCUGAUCAAUGCCAUCAACCUUGGCAACUAUGGGUGGACAGCUGGGAACCACAGUGCCUUCUGGGGGAUGACUCUUGAUGAUGGGAUCCGGUACCGCCUGGGCACAGUCCGACCUACCUCCUCUGUGAUGAACAUGAAUGAGAUACAAAUGGUCAUGUUACCAGAUGAAACUCUUCCCUCAGCCUUCAAUGCCUCCGAUAAAUGGCCUGGCCUGAUCCACGAGCCCCUGGACCAGGGGAACUGUGCAGGUUCCUGGGCAUUUUCCACAGCAGCUGUGGCUUCAGACCGUAUCUCUAUCCACUCAAUGGGUCAUAUGACCCCAGCCUUGUCCCCGCAGAACCUGCUGUCCUGUGACACUCACAAUCAGCAGGGUUGCCGGGGUGGGCGGCUCGAUGGGGCCUGGUGGUUCCUGCGUCGCCGUGGGCUGGUGUCCAACCACUGCUACCCAUUCUCUGCAGGAGAUCAGGAUGGGGCAGUCCCUGCGGCCCCAUGCAUGAUGCACAGUCGCCACAUGGGUCGGGGCAAACGCCAGGCCACCGCCCACUGCCCCAACAGCCGGGCCCACGCUAACCACAUCUACCAGGCCACACCUCCCUAUCGCCUCUCCUCCUAUGAGAAAGACAUCAUGAAGGAGCUGCUGGAGAACGGGCCUGUCCAAGCCCUCAUGGAAGUGCAUGAAGAUUUCUUCUUAUACAAGAGUGGUAUCUAUAAGCACACGCCAAUCAGUCUGGGGAAGCCUGAACGUUACCGCCAACAUGGGACUCAUUCUGUCAAAAUCACGGGGUGGGGAGAGGAAAUUCAGCCUGAUGGACAGAAACUGAAAUACUGGACAGCAGCCAACUCGUGGGGCCCAACCUGGGGAGAGAAUGGAUAUUUCCGAAUUGUCCGAGGGGCCAAUGAGUGUGAUAUCGAGAGCUUUGUGGUGGGCGUGUGGGGCAGGGUCGGCAUGGAAGACAUGAGCCCACACCACUGAGCCUCCAGCUUUGGCCUGCCUGGAGCCCUUUGGGCCUUCUCCUGGAUGAGGAUUUGGGCAUCCUCCAAGAAAUGCCCACCACCCAUCCCCUGCUGCCCAGGUCUCGAGCCACAGCCUAGUGGUGCUAAGAAGUUUGCUUGGGUUGGGGCUCAGAUCCCACAGACAACAGGGCUCCCGAUCCCUGCCCCUUCCCUGGCCAAGGGGAGGGGUAUCCAAUCUGCUGAAACAGCAGUUCCCCUGAGGGCCCUCUACCCCCUGCCCUCCUCCUCAAAUCCUGCCUUUCAACCUCAACGAAGCGUGAGCUGCCCCUAAUCCCUGCCUGCUGAUGUUGCAGUCCCAGGAGGAUGGGAACACGGGGUAAGGAAGUCAGAGGGGGAUGGGAGGGGUUCUCAGAGCCCCUAGGACCCCCCUCCCACUUCCUCUUUCCCAGGAAUAUAAAGAGGAAGCUGCAGACACCUGAUCCCCCAGCCUCCUCUCUCAGGUCCCUUCACCCCUGUCACCAGCCCAUCUCCACCUUAUUUCUCCAUGGCCCAGGGAGUCUGCUGAGCCAGGGAAAGCAUCUGGGGUCCCCCCCAAACACUGAUGGACGCCAUGCUGGCCUUCACCCAGCAGGAGAGGAGCCUGGGUUCAGGCCUGUGAUUCCUCCCCACCCUACUCCACUGCUUAGGCUGAUACCACUUUCCCCUUUCUCUUUCCUGUACUUUCAGUCUUUGAGAAUAUUUAUUUUGCUUAUUACUGACUGUAAAUAAAUCUCAUUCACACACA